AUGCCGACGACCGACCGCGACGACUCGCAGAUGUCAAGCUCUCGACGCCGUCGGCACCGGCGUGAGCGUCAAGAAACUGAAAACGACAAAGACAGACAUCGCAGACACAAGAGCCGGGCGUCAGACAACGAAGGACGCAGACACAAGCAUAGGAGGUCCAGGUCACAACCAGAACCUCAAUCUGCUGCUGAGAAUUCAGCUCCCCGGUCUAGAGGUCAUGAAGAUGAUGAGCCCAGACACAAAAUGAGCUCGACUGCCACUCAUCGAGGACGAAGCCGGGUCAGCAGUCCUUCACCUCCUUCCAAGUGCAAAGCACGCCGGACAGCCACCUCCAGCCCAGCCCCUGCCAGGCGGAAAAGCUCGCCGCCUCCUACAGCAACAAGAACGAAAGUGCCCCUGAUGGUAAGAACUCUGUCUGCUCAUCACCAUGGUGCUAUGCCAAAAAAGCACCCGAAAGAAUCCCCGGAAAGCCCUGCUCUUGAGGCAGCUCAAAAGCCUGUGCCGUCCUUUUUCUCAUGGGGCGCACUGUUUCGUUCUCCGCCUCCGCCUCCUCCUCCCCGUGAGAAGAAGGUUUCGUGUUUGAUCUGCAUGUCUGAUGACAUUCCGGUUAGCCGGUCAGCUAAACUUGCGUGCUCACAUCGCAUGUGCUACAAGUGCCUGAAACGUGCCUUCACCCUUUCCUUAACCGAUCCGCAGCACAUGCCUCCUCGAUGCUGCACUGCUGACCCUAUUCCGGUGAAGUACGUUGAUAGACUAUUUGAUGCCAGGUUCAAAGCAACUUGGAACAAGAAAUUCCACGAGUAUAGCACCAAGAACCGGAUAUACUGUCCCGCCCGAGGAUGCGGAGAGUGGAUUCCUCCAAAGCAUAUCCAUCAAGAUACCAGCUAUGGCGCCCACCAUGGAAGGAAAUACGGCAAAUGCACCAAAUGUAAAACCAAAGUCUGCGUGCUGUGCAAUGGCAAAUGGCACCUGACGAAAGAUUGCCCUAAGGAUGACGACGCAAAGGCCUUUACUGAAAUGGCCAAAGAGGCUGGCUGGCAGCGGUGCUUCAACUGCUCUGCUAUGGUAGAACUCAAAGAAGGUUGCAACCAUAUGACAUGUCGCUGUACAGCCGAAUUCUGCAUAAUUUGUGGAUCAAGAUGGAAAACAUGCGACUGCCCAUGGUUCAAUUAUCAGAAUCCCGGCCAGGAAGAUGGACACAACUUUGCAUAUAACCAUCAUCCUGGAAUGCCGUAUCCCAACCACCGUGGUAUGCCGCAGCCUCGUGGCUAUCAACAGGAAAUGGACAUGCGAAACGAACAGGAGCGGGCAGACGAGUACCUUGCCCAAAGGCUACAGGAGAACCAUGGCCGCUACGACUAUGACUACGACGACCUGGACGAUGACGCGGCAGAUUAUCAUCGCCAUGGAACCCCAACGUUUGCUGGUGACCCGUUCCCCCCGAUUUACGACAAUUUCGUGCUCCCACGUCGAUUUGUGCGCCCUCAUACUCCUCCUCCGCCAAUCAACCGCCAUGUACGCCAAAUAUACCCUUUACCCCGCCAAGUGACCGAGAUCCGACCGUUGUCGCCCGACUACGCUACGCGUCGGCGACGGCGUAUGUGUUCCACAACUAGAAUGCCUUUACAUACCCCUAGGGUUGAAGAGUAUAGGAUAGGAGUGAGUUGGUUUGGCCGGUGA